ACACGCACAGAAUGCAGAUCUAAAACGACAUAAAUGCUGUUAAAUGACGUCCCAUCGUUUCCAGUUGUCUGUGCGCAUUUAAAAUGGAUUUAAUCUCGUGGAAUAUUUCCCGGAACCCUAGACCCUUGGUUUACCUUGUAGCUAGUCGGAGCGUAACUGUGAACGAACCAAACAUCAGUGGAGGAAACAAACAAGAUGUGAAACCAGGAGUCAGCAUGGUGAAGCGUGUAAAAGAAGCCAUAAAGAGGGAGACGCAGCAAAAGGAGAAGAACAUCAAGAACCGUCAGAAGACUUACAAGGAGCAGGAAAAGGAAAGCCGGGAAGCAGCGUUAGAGAGCUCCAUAAGCAACGAGAACAAGGGAUUUGCACUUCUGCAGAAAAUGGGUUACAAAGCUGGUCAAGGCCUCGGGAAGAAGGGAGCAGGGAGGGUUGAUCCUAUUCCUCUUAACAUCAAAACUGACAGAGGUGGUAUCGGAAUGGAAGAGGCGAAGAAAAGAAAGGCAGAGGAGGAACUUGAACACUAUCGACAGAAAGUACGAGUCAAGCAACAGAAUGAGACUAAAUCUCUGGAAGAUUUUAGGUCAAGAGUAAGGACGGAGAGAGAAGAGCGUAAGAUUGAGGGAGAUCUCAGAAAGAGUCAGAGAGCCUGUGAGCAGCUCGACAGUCAGAAGGGCAUCACUGUCCCCAGAGAAGACUGGUACUGGCCAAAACCAGAUGCUGAUGACGAGGAAGAUGCUGAUGAGGAGGAGGAAGAGGAGGAGAAGGAGGAGGAGGAGGAGAUUGUGGAAUUAACUUCAUUUGACAAACUGCAAAUUUUGACUUCCUAUUUGAGAGGAGUCCAUUUUUACUGCAUAUGGUGUGGGACAACCUAUAAUGAUGAAGAUGACUUAUGCUCUAAUUGUCCUGGGGAUACAGCAGCAGACCACGAAUAAACCAGAUACAAAUAUGCAGUGAUUCUGAAAAUGCAAAUACAAACAUUUGUGUAAGGGAUUGCAGGCAGCAGCUUACAUUAUGAAAACAUCAUUAGGGUAUUAUUAGCUUCUGAGGCAGUAGAACUGGUUAAAGAUUUACUCAUCAUCCCAUUUUGAUUUGUUGACCAUCAAUGGAAUAACAUCACUGUUUGUGCUGUUUGUGAGUGGACAUUGUUAUUCAGUUUUUUUGUCUUUACCUUUAGAAAUUCUCUGGGAAAUUCAUGAUAGCUUUUUUCCAAUAUUUAUUUUUUGAUAAUAUGUACUGUAUUUUC